AUGGCGUUGACAUUGCUGAGACAUCGGCGUGUACAUCGAGACAACCAAGAUCUCCAGAGGGCCACAAGAGAAGCGCUGGCACUCAUUGGCUAUGUAGAUUCGGUCAAAGGUCGUGGGAUUAAGGUGCUUUCCAUUGAUGGCGGAGGAACAAGAGGCGUGGUGCCUCUACAAGUGCUAAAACUACUGGAAGCACAGACGGGCAAAAAGGUUCAUCAGCUCUUUGACUACAUUUGUGGUGUCAGCACAGGAGCUGUUUUAGCCUUCAUGCUCGGCCUGGCACAUUUUUCCCUAGAGGAGUGUACUGAAAUGUAUCGGCGUUUUGGCUCUGAAGUAUUCCGGCAAAACCGCUUGGUCGGCACUGUGAAAAUGGGUUGGAGUCACUCUUACUAUAACACAGAGACAUGGGAGGCCAUACUAAGAGAGAAGCUUGGUGAUCGAGUGCUCAUUAAAACAGUCAGAGAUGAGUCGAGUCCCAAGGUUUCAGCGGUCAGCGCUGUGGUCAAUUGGGGCAACAGUCCAAAGGCCUUCGUGUUCUGCAAUUACAACCACAAACCUGGAUCCCUGAGCCGCUACGCAGGAGGCUCCGGCUACUCAAUGUGGCAGGCAGUGCGAGCGUCAUCGGCUGCUCCGGGAUACUUCCAGGAAUUCCCAUUACAAAGCGACAUCCACCAGGAUGGAGGGAUUAUCAUGAACAACCCGUGUGCCUUAGCCGUGCAUGAGAGCAGACUCUUGUGGCCCAACCACGCAUUCCAGUGUGUGCUGUCACUCGGCACCGGUCGCUAUGACAAUGCUAAGAGAGGCCCUGUCACAUCCACCAGCUUGAGAGCCAAAAUAAGCAACCUGAUCAGCAGUGCCACCGACACUGAGGGAGUCCACACACUAUUGGAUGACCUGCUCCCCCCUGAUGUCUAUUUCCGCUUUAACCCAAUGCUGAGCGCUGAGGUGUCCCUCGACGAGAGCCGCCCAGAGGCUAUGGACCAAUUGGAGAUGGACACACAGGUUUACCUGGAGAGAAACCGCCUCAAACUGGUUCGACUGUGUUUGGUGCUCGGGGCGGAGCGUUCGGCUGUUAGCAAAACCAAAGACUGGAUCAGUGAAAGGGCCUGGGAGAUAAAGCACAGAUGGGUCUAG